CGGAAUCCACUGUACGCUGCUCUGCCGUUGGGUCCAACAACACUGUUACGAAAACACCUGACUAGUACUUAUCUGACAGCUGAUGUGUUGAGCGUCCUGUUCAGGCUCUGUUCAGUCCAGCUUCUGUAAUAUGCCUCUGCUCGUGCACAUGUGUUAUUGAGGCACGUAUCUCGUAGUAUUGGUCGUGAAGGCGCUAUGUGAUGAGGCCGCGGAGGAGGUGGGUUGAGUCUGCGGUGAUCAGCAGCAGAUAUCUCCUCCUCUCUCCGCCGGGGAAACAACACGUGUGUCGCGGCACCACGGCACUCUCAUGGCUGAAGAGGCCAAAAAACUGGCAGCUCAUGCUGCUGUGGACAACCACAUACAGAAUAAUCAGGUAGUUGGAGUGGGCAGUGGCUCAACUAUCGUCUAUGCUGUGGACAGGCUGGCUGAGAGGGUCAGACAGGAGAAGCUGAAUAUCGUAUGUGUUCCCACGUCUUUCCAGGCCCGUCAGCUGAUUCUGCAGCACGGUCUCACUUUGUCUGAUUUAGACCGGCAUCCUGAGCUGGAUGUUGCAAUUGAUGGAGCUGAUGAGGUUGAUGCUGCUUUGACGCUGAUUAAAGGAGGAGGAGGAUGCUUAACCCAGGAGAAGAUUGUAGCUGGUUGUGCCAAACACUUCAUUGUCAUUGCAGACUAUAGAAAGGACUCGAAGGCCCUGGGGCAGCAGUGGAAGAAAGGUGUGCCGGUGGAGGUCAUUCCCAUGGCGUAUGUGCCUGUGUCCAGAGCCAUUGCCCGGCGCUUUGGAGGAGAGGCUGUGCUGAGGAUGGCAGUCAGUAAAGCUGGUCCAGUGGUUACUGAUAACAGUAACUUCAUCCUGGAUUGGAAGUUUGAGCAUGCACAGAACUGGAAAGAAGUCAACACAGCCAUCAAGAUGAUCCCAGGUGUGGUUGAGACAGGUUUGUUUGUGGGGAUGGCUGAGAGGGUGUACUUCGGUUUGGAGGACGGGAGUGUCAAGACUAGAGACCCUCCCAUCAACUAAGAAGAUCUUCCUCUGCUUUUGCGAUAGACCAGCCUGCUCACCUCAAGUGCCGUUCAAAUACACAGACUCUGGCAGCUCUUUCUCUACAGGUUAUUUUAUUUUCUGUUCCAGAAACCUUCAGACGUCUGAUCAGUACCUCUCAUGAAAUAUGGAUUUUCACACAACAAUGCAACAUUAGAUCCUCAGACCUUUCAGAUGUACCUGUUUUUCCUCUCAUACGCUCUGUCUGGACAGUUCUGUUUAUGUUGGGCUGGAGUCUACAGACACUGUCCAUACGGUACAUCUACAGUGUCAGUUUGCCUUCUGUGCUUCUUUACGUAGCCAUGAAUGUUGUCUUGCAUGGGCGUCUGUACAAAUCUAUGAAUAUUGUGGCUUGCGUCUGUGCCUCCAUAAUCUUUAGUAUAGUGUCUUUGAGUUUGCAUGAUCAUGUUGAAUCUGUUUUGUUGACUGAUUAUGACAGAUUUCCUCAGACGCUCCAACGUGAAACCUCAAGCAAAACGAGCGGCCUUUGCCAGCACACAGCGGUUAGUUUAGUUCAGUGAUCAAUCAUUUCAGAGGAUUCUGCCCCUGGGUAAAAUGCACUAUUUGAAGUUGUGAAAUGCCACUCGGCUUUUGAUAUUGAUUUUGUUUUUGUAUAAUUUUGGCCUGUGGCCACGAACACAGUGUUGUUGAGGGAUGAAAGCAGCAGUGAGUUGGUGGCACAGCUGAAAGCCUUAUCUUCUGUACAUGUAUUGAUCGUUCAGUUCCUUAAAUGAAAACCCUUCACAGAGAUCACUGUGAUUUUUGGGUAUGGUACUACUUAAAACACCAGCAUGUUUUACUCUACCAAUUUUACUGUGAUACUGAGGUUUUCAGAGGUUAUGUUCUAGACUGAAAAUCAAUAUUAAAACCAGACCAAUCAACUAAA